AUGCCAUCAUGCCAUCUUAUCUCCCUCAUUGCUUCUGUAAAAACCUCCAAGGCUGCUUGGGACAAACUCUCACAGCUCUUUGCCAACCGAGCUCGAUCUAGUGUCAUGAGUCUUAAAGAAAGACUCACCCUCACACGUCGUAACUCCAAACCUGUCAUUGCAUACCUGCAAAUCGUCAAAGCCAUUGCUGACGAGUUAGCCCUUAUUAAUGCUUCGGUUGUUGAUGACGAUCUCGUCAUCCAUAUUCUGAAUGGUGUUGGUCCUGAAUUCAAGGAACUCGCCGCUGCUGUUUGUGCUCGUGAAAGCUCCAUUUCCUUCAAAGAGCUUCACGACAAACUUGUUGAGUAUGAAGUUGCUCUGCAACGCCUGUCAUUACUGUGA